AUGGGCGUAGAUCAUUCCUUGAGUCCCGAGGCUUAUUUUUCUAAAGCCUUUGUUCAUGCGUGCCAUACCGGUGAACCGUCAAGGGUCCAGGAAUUCCUCGCCAGCGGGCGAGUAACUGCCGAGGAUCUCGAUCAGGGACACGGGGCCGCAACUAGACAGGCGCACGCAGAGAUCGUGGCUACACUCUUCGAUACCGGUGCUAGCGUGUCAGACUGGGCGAUAAGCGCUCUCCACGGCAGGUCGAAGCAGGACCUACCUGUUAUACUACUAGACGCGGGUGCAGACCCUACAGCGCGAUCUGCAGGCAAGCGCUACUAUGGCGAACCCCCUUCAGCGGUCGCUAAGCAUCAGCAAAAUCCUGAGAUUAAAGAAAAGCUACUUGAUCUCCUCCGGUCUGAAAAAUUGCAGGACGAAUGA